AAGCUCUCGACCUGGCCUUCUAAGCAACUUCAAUGAGAGUAAAACAGGAGUCCCUUGUCUGCCAUCAGCACAUAAGGCUUCAUGAAGUAUGAAUGAGCUCAAGCCACGCAGAAGGAACAUGAGUACAGCAAAGGUGACUGACGUGCCAAGAGCCGUCCAUCCUUUUUGAGUAAUACCAUGACGGGAGAGACAAAGCAUGUGUAUGUCAUCAACAGCAAAGAACCCAGCCCCAAAGACUCUGAUAGAGUCACUACCUAUGAACAGUUCCCCAAGAAUGAUGCAGUGGACAGUUCCGCUGGUGGGGUGUCGGACAGUUCUGAAAGUGUCGUCAGUGGUGGAACCGACAAGGCACCUCAGCUAAAUGGUAGCAGGGAAAAAGAGACUCACAGUCAAAGGGAGGCGGUAAUCAGACCACAACAAGCCGGGAAGAUUGACUUCAAAUCCCUCCACAACAGAUCAAAGUUUUCCAACGAUGCUGUGUGGACAAACAGUAAAGGCAGCCCUUUGUCCCCCACAGGGAAAAGUCGAGGAAAAGACAAAAGCAAAAGGUCUGGAAAGGGAGAUCGAACUCAGCACCAGCUGUACAGACUUAGUAUUACCAACUCAAGGUCUAAUCCUACCAUUGGGAUUGCUUACCCCCAGCAAAAGGUGACGCCACCUAAAAAAUUAGAAGUUAGUCGAGGACCCAUCUCGGGAAGUUAUCGUUUUCAUGUCCCAAGUCUUCCAGAGAGAGAGGCGGAGCUGCAGCAGGAAGAUCUCAACUUCAAUCGGUGUUUCCAAGAGUCCAGUCCGAGCCUUACCUCCACCAACUAUACCUCACAAAAAGCUCCAGCUUCCAGGACUCAUCAUGGCAUAAACCUACAGUCACAGAUAGGAAACACUCACGAAACAGCAAGUUCUAAUGGGCAGCUGCAUUUCUUGGAAUUUCAACCAAAUGGAAACUCUUGGGGUUCAUCUGAAAAAAACUUCUCUGGUGCCACCAACUAUGGUCAAAAACUCUGUCCAUUUCCUGAAGGCAACAAACCAGAUUCUCAUUGCUUUGGCACCAUGCCAUUGCAAUACCCUUUUCAGUCUUUGCAGGAGCCAUCUGGGAACUCUUUUUGCAACAACUCCAGUAGCCAGGACUUUUUAGAUGUUUCACUGCCAGCAAGCCAGGUGGCACAUGGUACAUUUUCAUUUCAGUCGUCUUCAAGAGAAGGACCAGAUGAUCCACAGAGCAACGGAUCGUACAGUAAUGCUUUGCCAGACAGCCGUGCAUAUGGUAUUGCUUCUCAGCAAUCUCCAUUCCUGCAUGCACCCCAGGGGGCACAGCAUCCGCCCACACCUCCAUGUUACACAGGAAGGAACGAUCCUUCCGCUGAUCACAAUGGUGCUAUUUCUUCAUCUACUGCUGUAACUUCUUCUGGUGCUAUAGAUCAAACCCAAAGCACUUUUCAUGAAAGCCAAACCCAUUUUAUUCAUGGUGAAUUAAGUUUACAUGGUAAUAACGUGCCAUCGUUACUCAAAAAAAGGCAACUGCCAGCUAAAGAUUUUGCACCCAGUCAAAGACUUCUGACUCCAGGGAACACACUACGAAGGAACAUACCACAGACGUCUCUAAACCAAGUGCACUUCCCCGUCAAGGUCUACAACAGUGUAAACCAAGGGUCUGUGCCUUUUGAUAAGAACAUUUCCAGAAUACCUCAGACUUGGGAUGCAGGAAGUAAGACUUUCCCACCCCUGGACCAAAGUUCUGUAUCAUAUGCCAGCCCAUCUGGAAAUACUUUACCCUACCAGUGCCAGGCCAAUCUUGAUCAGAGACAGGCACUAAAAAACCCCAAGAUGCCUUGGCAUCAGAUCCAUCUUACAUCUGCCAUGCCAAGCCAAAACCGGAUUGAAGUGUCAAGGCAAAUUGGGAGCCAAAAACUACCCUACCCACUAGGGAACUCUGAGUGGCCAAACACCAACUUGUCGCAGAAGAUCCCACCAAGUUAUCCCACCAAAAACCACACAACAGUUGAUGGACUUGCCUCACAGAGGUCUGAGGCAGGCAGUGGAAGCUACAGUUCAACUAAUGGCAUUUUAUAUGAUGGUGUGAAGGAAGCAAGCCUUAAAAUAUGUGACUCGAGAAAUAAGGGCAUUUUGUUUGGAUUGAGUCAACCAAUCCAGCAAACAUCAUCUUUAAGAAAUAAUUCCAGCCAAGCAGCGUCAGAUUCUCCUUGUGAGUCACCUCUGCCGUCACCUGCCACCAACCCCAUCUCUGGAAGCACAUGUUCCUCACUCUCACCCAUGUCCAGCAGCCCUGUGAAUCCAAGUUCAGAUGACAAUCAGAUACUACCGACACUUACAUCUUCACCGUAUUUCCAUCAACCAUGUCACCCCGUGGAAAGCAAAACAUUCCAUGUAGUUGAUCCAUUAAGUUCUGGAUCUCUAAUAUACCCCAAUCCAGGAUCCUUAAAGAACUGCAAUUAUUUAUCAGAUGCCUCAAAGGAGGAACCAUUUCUUAAAAACAUUCAAGAAAACCAAUACCCAAAACAAAGCACUGAAACUGAAAGAGGGUGUCUGGAUGGUUUCGAAAAUGAGCCUCCACCACCACCUCCUUACUCCUCUCACCACUUGUUGGCAAGUUCACUGAGCAGUACAAAUUUGGACCAGCUGGAUGUCAUCCUGACCUGCAAACAGUGUGAUCAGAACUACAACAAUCUGUCAUCUUUCCUUGAGCACCGACAGUAUUGUAGCUUAAAUUCUACUCUUCAGGAUUCCACACAAGGCGCAGAAGUCAAGAAACAAACUAUAGACGCCAUCAAGUCAUCUCACUUGAUAUCUGGGUUACCCUUGGCCAAAGGACAGGCAGAAGUUCACCCCCACCUGGUCGGUUUCAAUAAAGUAAUCGACUAUCUCCUUGAUAGCGAAGUCAAGGGAGAUCCCAAAGAUGAUCCUGCAAAAGCUAAUAUUUUCCACAGCUUAAUAUCAAAUUCCUUGCCUUUGACAGCGUGUGACACGCUAGAAAUGGAUGAUGCCAAACUUGACAGUUUAAUCACGGAAGCAUUAAAUGGUCUGGAGUUUCAAGUGGACAACCCAGAGAUAGACAGUAGCUUUAUUGAUGUUUUUGUCGACGAUGAGCUGUCUGCAUCUAAAGGUAUUGCUACCGGCCAGCCUUACAAGGUGAAGGAUUCCGCAGAAACCAAAAAAGGACCAAGUAUUGUGGAGGAAAAACAAACUUGUCAUAAUUUGUUCUCGCAUAUAUAUGAGGAAAAUAACAAGCCUGAACCUCCUUUAAGCAACAGAUAUACAACAAAACAGAAUGAACAUAAAAAUGCCGAAAUUGGAACUGUGUGUCCAUACACUCUGGAAACUGAGAAAAACAAUACAAAGGAUGUCCCACCACAAAUGAUAUCAGAUAAUUGUGACCUGCUAAAAAAUGUUGACAAUGAAAAUUGUACCAAAUUAGAUGAGAAAAGGAAUAUUGACAAAAGUCUAAGUAAUGCUGAAUUUUAUGAAGAGAAAGAUACCAAGGUGUCUCUUGAAGGGAGAAGAGCAAAAGCAGAUCCGAUCGAGUCUCUCGCCACAUUAAACCAGAAGCCACGUAGGCCUGGCAUGAAGGAUGCCAAGAGGAAAAAAUCACAUAAUGGGACAUGGAGUAAGGAGCUAAUCCAUAAAAUUGUGCAACAGAAAAAUAAACUUCAUAAAUUACACGUAAAGAGCAACAAAAAUGUUCAGUUUUCAUUGGUGACAGAAAGACUUUUCCCUCCAGCUAAAGGCCACACCUUUGGGGAAUAUGACUACAUUUCAGAUUCAGGGGAUGAAGCAGAUAUACAUGGCAAAAACCAGCUCAAUGGCAGACUGAAGUACAGUUUUAAUCGGGAUCACCCAACGAGGGGUGGAAGGACGAGAGAGAAGGAAUGGAGAAUGGGAGAAGCCACAAGGUUCCAGUUGCAAAGUAAAGACUUGAGAACCACAAAAAAAGAAACCUCAGGCAGGAUUAGAAGAAGAAGCAGCCAGUCUUCAACCAGCAGCGACCAGAGUACAAGUAUCUCAAGCGAAACUUGGUCAAGCCCCAAAAGUAUUGAACGGACUGAUUCUGAAAAUGAACCGGAGACUGUUGUGAGGCAUAAAAGCCUGACCUCGUCCAAUCAAAAUGUAACAGUGGAGCGAAAUCUCGUAAGACCGCUCUACAAAGAAAAUGUUUCCGAAGCUUUCUUUCACCAAGCGGAACUUUCCAAAACAACCAAGAGAUUUGGGUCUGCUAGGUUCCUACUUGCAAGCUCAAAGGUAUACCCAUCCAAGUUAAACAAUUCAACACAUUUUAUGGAUAGUGAAAAACUACAGCAACAAAACGAGAAGGCUUACCUCCAGGAAGAAAACUGCAUAAAAAGUGCAGAUGGACAGUUUUUCGAUGGAGCACAUGAUGAGCAUCAAACGAUAAACAUGCACCACAAGGAAAUAUUAGCCAGCAACUUAUCGCAUGACAAUUAUCCACCUGAUCUGUUACAUGGUGUAGACAAUGUGGCACAGCCAUUUUCUUCUUUCCGCGCGGAUACAAUAGACUUUCAGACAAAGCAGGUCGAUGUCUCGCCUUCUGUUCCUCCAGAACUUAACUCUGAAGUCAGCGGAAGUUACUCUGAUUCUAACGGCUUAAAGGAAGGAAUUUGUAAGGAUCCUAAAGAGUUUCCGAUGCCUGUUUCGUGUUACAGUGGUAAAUCGGCAGACGCCAUCUUCCCUGUGAAAAGUCACGAGGCCUACACCAGCGAAAAUCACUCAUUUCCAGAAACCAAAAACCUGCCGGAUCUGUACAGUAAUAGCCCUUUUCUGAAAAACAGAACCAUGGAUUCCUCUGAAAUCGGACAGCUAUAUCUCAGUGAAACGAACCCCAGCAACAGUAGUAAUUCUUUUGAAGGUAAAUGUUCAGAAUUGCCAACUUACCAUAUAAAUGACGACGAUAAUAAAGUGUCAUCGCCCCUUUCCUUUGACUCUUCAUCCAUAUUCACCGAGCUGCCAAUUUCAGACUUUGAGGCGCCUUUGUUCAGCAAUAUUCCAGCUCCAAAAGACAAUUACAUGCCUUAUACAUGUUCCAGUGAUCCAGCAACUGAGUCACCCCACUUUGAGCAACAGUAUCCACAGUUUUUGCGAGGAAAGAGCUGGGGCAUCAUAGAAGACGGUCAACCUAUGUCAUCCAACAACAUCACCCCAUUUCAAGUGAUGGAAAAUCAAGCUUCAGGGAAGUACGGAGAACAGAUGUCCGCAUCAUCUGGACAAAUGCCCAUGACAUUGUCAGAAUCCGUGUCCGAUUACAAUGCUCAAUACAUAAACAACAUCUCAGAGGAUGAGCUAGAAAUCAAAAGGCUUGUAACAGAGCUAGAAAAUCAGCUUCAAACAAACAAAAUGCAGAACAAUGUUUCUUCACCGGAAUGCUCCAAAACUCACGUUAAUAGCGAACUCGCUGACGCGGCCGUCCACUUUUCACACUCAGCAGUAAACGCCCUCGAAAGCAACACCAAGAACGUAUAUUACAAAGAAAAUCUUGAUCAUCUAAGUGGUUUGAAUCACACAGUUAAUAUCGAUACAACCAUCGAGGAAUGCCACGCUGUUGGGAAAGUUGACAGUAAUUGUGGCAGCCUCAAAAGAAACUGGACUUGCCCGGUUCAGUUUGACACCUUUAGUUCCAGUAUCCAGUGCCACAAACCACAAACAAGUCCUCAAUCAGCAUUUAGUCCUACUGAGCCAAGUGACCAGCACCAAGAAGGGGUAAAGGAUCUGCAGUCAUUACAAGAGAUAAAUCCUAUACAUAGCGGCCACCAAUCGCCGACUGAUGCUUGCCUGCAUGAUGUCGGAAACCAACCUGAAUGUCAAACAUUCUCUGGAGAUGACCCAGUCACAGAAGCACUGACAGCUGGGACUCUGCUUUCUAAUAGUGAAAAGAAUAUAGAGUUUGGUGAAAACACCAGUGAGCCCAAAGACCCUAAACACCUAUUUCUUAAAAAAGAACAGCUAGAGGAACGGUUUGACGAGCCACCUGAGCUGGAGCCAUUUCAGAGUGUUCCAGAGAUAAAUUCACAACUCGAUUUGCAGGACGGUGGGGUUUCAGUAUUAAAUAUGAGCACCCCGUCCGUGAAAAAUGAGAAUUCACAUGAAAGGGAGUUAUGUGAACCAGGACUCCAUGCUGAAAUGGCAAGCUGUCUGCCAGCAGUAGAGUACAUUGAAAAUAGUUCAACUACGGAUGGGAAAGAAGUACCUACAGACAGUCUGGGACUCCAAAAGAACCUUGACAUGCCUGUCUUGGAGAAAGAAGAAGGCACUGUUGCUGAGAAAUCCCCAGUUGCUCAAGAAUCAUCAGACAAUCCACUCCAACAGCUACAAUUAUUUGUGGCAAGGACAGCCAAAAAUAACGAGGAAGAAAUGCUCAUGCCAUGCUUUCCAAUGUCGUUAGCAGGAUCAUCUCAUCUAGAAUUAGAAAGUGACUCUUCAAAGGAGACGUUGGACAAAAGCAUAGGCUUGAUCGAGUUUGAAAGAACAACAAAUCUUCCAGAAACAAACAUGAAUUCGGCAAAUAUUAAACAAUUGGAUGCAGAAGGGAACAAUGAAUUUAGUUCUACUGUGAUUUUUGAAUCCUUUACCAACGGGACAGAAAAUAACAUUGCACUUGACACAGAAAAUGAAUGUAUGGGAACGGCUGUAAAAAAUAUUGAUACAAGCAGACAAGCACAAGAUGGGCAGCUGCUUCACAACAAAGAUACCGAGACUCCAUUUCAACAGCGAGUGAAAUUGGAUGACCUGGUAAAGGAUCUUGAUGAGAAGGAGGAGAACAAGGCAGCUAAACAUAAAAUAAGCCAAACAUUUGAAGCUUUUAGCAUAAUUUCAAAGAAUAACCUUACCGUACCUGAUGCGAUGGAAAUCAACUCAACGGAUAUGUCGAAUGGAUAUCAGCUUCAAGGUGCCCUAACCCUUCAAGUUUCCCAAGUUCAGGAUGAUGAUGCCUCUGGUUUUAGAAGGUCAGAGAAUCAAAAAGAGGGUAUUAAUGUAUUUCAAGAAAAAGAUCACCUGUGCACAGAGGUAGUUCCAUUGAGCAAAGAGAAUUCAGACGCCUCCGCAUAUUCCAAGGAAUCAUCCACACACUUUUCUAUGCACUUCAGCCAUCAGAAAGCUUUGGCCGAAACCAACAUCAACUAUGAAACACAGUUUCAAGAUGUGAUCAGUCCUACAAAUCAUUCGCCAUUAGACUUUGAUCUGUUGGCACAUCUUCCAUUAAAGCAGUCUAUCCCAAAACAAAAUAUAUUGUGUCCUGGAGAAGAAGUCACAGACGGCCAACAGUCUCAAGAAAAAAUGAAUGACACCAAAGACCAAUCAGAAAAACAUUCAAUGGACAGAGCAGAAAUGUUGCUUUACCUUGGAAAGGAUAGAUGUAUGACGUCCUUUGAGGUGUGCCCAAAGCCUUCAACAAAAAUCGAUGGUCUGAAGUUGCCAAAGGCUGAUGGGACUUUGUCCCCGUGUGUCUGCUCUGAACUGGAAUGUCCUCAUUACAAACAGCAGACUGGUUCCGUAGCAGAUAUCCUCCUUCAGGGUCAACCAAUGCCCAGUGGUGAUGAUUACCUAGUUUAUACGACAUCACAGAGCCAGAAUUAUUCAACUUUGAACACUGAACUUUUCACAGAAGCUAUGCAAAAUAUUACAGAGCAGCCACUGUGUUGUGAGAAAGAUGAAAGUUUAUGGGUCAACCAAGAUAAAUGUGUCCAUGCAAACCAUCCAUUCCCCAGUGAGGAUAGGUCUAACGCCGCCCUGGUUUGUGACCUGAUGGACAUUACUGAGGGAGGUUUGGCUGAACUGAACAGCCAUCAGACUUUAGCGGCUACAGAGGAAGGAACUGCUCAAGUUUCCAAAAACAGCCUGAUUGAUGAAAAACGCAAUGGUCUUAGUGACCCCGAGAGAAAAUGCACCAAUGACAUGGACUCUGUUAUUGACGGAGUACUCCGCAUUCUAGAUGGUGACAAGAGCAAAGAAAUACUGGAACGGAUUGGUAUUCCUGCCAGAAACAGUCCUGUAAAAGAAAAGAAGGCCAUUGAAUCGCUAACAUGCGAUAUCUGUUUAGUGUCGUUCAGGUCCAAGCCAGGCCUGACAAGACACAAAGCUGCAAAGCAUAGCCUGAGAAAUGAUGGAAAUGCGAUAUCACACAAAGCAGGCGCAUUAAAUGAGAAUGUAAAAAUCCCUGAACGCUCUGAUUCUAAUUCCCAAAAUGCAACCACAGGGCACCUAACGCAAGGAAGUAAAAUCCUGCCCCCAUAUUUUAUGUCUGACGAAGAACAGAGAUCUCAGUCAACAAAAUCCAAAGGAGAAAAAAAGAGUAAAGGGCAGGUGGAUGACACGAGUGGCAUGGAGGUCACUUGUGAAAAGAAACCGAGUGGUAACGGCAAAAAAAGGAAGUCGAAGGCCGUGCCAAACAAAAAUACAGAUUCUCAAGUUCCCUCUGAUGAUAUUUUAAAUAUCCUCAAAACCAAUAUAUUGAAGGCAAUUGGUCAGUCGAAUACCUUUCCAGCUUCAGAAGAAAAGGUUACAUGGACACAAGCUACAGAUAACGACAAAAUGUUGGCAGAAGCGAACCGAAAGGACGUUUCUCCUCAAAAAUACUUAGCAGAAGAUGAAUCUGUGGUAAACAGCAUUUUGGAUAUGGAGAUCAACAGAGAACCAACGUGGGUAAAAGGUUUCAAAAGCCAAGCUGAGCACAAAGUAAACAAUGUUUGUGAAAUAGAGUCUGCAUUGCCGUCAAAAGAAGAAACCCCAAUGAAUGAAGAGGCUUCAAAAAAUAUUGUAGGUGGACGCGUGCCUGUAACAGAAUCAGCGUACGGUCAAGAAGAUCUUCCAGUGUCUAAUGUUCAGAAAGAUGUGGUACCCGAUCUCCAUAGCUUGUUUGAUGAUGACAACACAUUUUCCCAGCUGUUUCCAAGAGACGAUAGUUUUAUUAGGAGGAAAUGCACACGCGUUUAUGGCAAAAGGGCUAAAAGACAAACACCGCCAUUUGAAACGGACUUUAAAAAUAUAGAUCUCAUUGAACCGGAGCGGUCUUCCCAAAUAAAAGAUUUUCCACCUGGAUUUGGAAACCUUUCGGUUGAUUCUGCUUUGAUGGGCUGUGGUUUGUCUCUAAUAGAACCUGACUCGCAGUAUGGUCAGAUUAGUGCCGGGAAGGAAAUGAUUGCCGUCGAUAACAAAAUCAUACCAUUUGUACAACAAAACCAGGGGUUGGAAAAUGUUAGUGCUCCAAUGUUGAUGGGUGAACACCAAGGGCAAAAAGAUUUAGAUGUUUCCUUUGAAGAUGUCCUUUUCAAGUCACCUGAAGAAUCGCAAGAUUCCAUUGUAGAUCUGAAUUCAACGAUACCAGAUUCAGAGUUAGAUGAGGUGUACGACUGCAAAAUAAGCGAAGGCGCAAGUCUCCCCGAGUUUCCUACAAUUGACAUGAAAAUGCUUAGUGCUAAAUUCGAUAUGAGGGAACUGUCUUUUUUCAGCGCUUGUGGAGAUGACUCUGACCAGUCGGACGUGGAUGGAACAGAUAUCCCACACAAGCCAGAUCACCAUAAAGGACAGAGCAAAAAUAAACCGGACGGCAAAAGGCAGGUGCGAAAUCGCAGCAAUGUGAAUAUCAAAACAAAGGAGAAGCAGUACAAAUGCAAAGUGUGCUUCCAGUGGUUCCUCACGCUGGGUGAACUGGAUUUCCAUAAACUUACUCACAACCCUUCGCCUCCACCUACCUGCUACAUGUGUGUUCAGCGCAAGUUUAGUUCUCGAGAGCAGCUGCGUGAUCAUCUGAAAGACAAGCAUGCAAAAAACAAAGCCGGCCUGUGGAUAUGUGGAAUGUGCUUAAAAGAAAUCUCUGACGUCUGGAUGUACAAUGAGCACUUACGAGAGCACGCCACACAGUUUGCCCGGAAAGGGCAGGCCCAGAAAACCGUGAUGGGCAUCCCGGGCUGUUUUGCUGAAGACACCAUGGUGAGAACAUUUCUUAGCACCUUCAUCUAUAGAACCCCCGGCAGGUCCUCAAAAACCUCGGAAUCCGAGGACAAAAGCCCAGCGGCUAUAAAACAAGCUCAAAAAGACCACAAGGACGACGUAAGUGAGAAAGAAGCAGAGCACAGCACCCUCUGCACACCAAAGAGCUCUGUUCAUGCCAAACUGUCUGUCGGCCCCUCUUUGGAAAAUACACAAAAGAAUGACCUUGUGCACAAAAAUCCAGCAAUCCAUCCCCAUUGCAAAGAUCCAUCCAGGGAUUGUCACCACUGUGGAAAACAAUUCCCAAAGCCCUUCAAGUUACAAAGGCACCUGGUGGUUCACAGUCUCCAGAAAAUCUUUUUAUGUCACAAGUGUCCCAAAUCUUACCAAGAAGUUCAUGAACUAAGGAGCCACCUUAACAACGACCAUCAGUUGUCCGAGGAUACCGAAAUAAAACACACCACGCUUUAUGCGUGUGAACUGUGUGCAGAUGUCAUGCAUGUUAUUAAGAAGUCUUUCAUCUGUAGCACGUGCAACUAUACAUUCUCCAAGAAGGAACAGUACGACAGACACAUGGAGAAGCAUCUGAUUGGGGGGAGCAUGACUUUUAAAUUUCGAGGUGUCAUGAGGCCGGGUGUCGGGAAAGAAGCUAAAGAUAAAGCAAAAGGGUCCUCGCCAAAUGAGAGCAUGCCUCCAUGCAAAAAACAAAAACGCUUCCAUUAUUCUGAACCUGACAUAGCUGACACAGACCUUAAAGACAGCAGCGAGCAGUCUCGUUGUGUGACCCCAGUGCUCUUACACGCAAUAGCCUUGGAUAAAGAACUGAAAGACAAUGCAGAAAACGCACAUGAAAUAACCGUAAAGACAGAAUAUAUGGCCACAGACAAUGCAGAUCUCCAGGAUAGUAACGAGAAUAGUCUGGAGAUGCCAACGGAUUCAUGUCCCGCAUCACCUCUACUUAAUGAGAUGCCAGAAGAAGAUGAGGAUGGUGAAAAGCUGUCCGCUCGUGAGAAGAUGAACGUGUCAGAUGUUGAAGCCUCUUCUGCUCAAACAGAGAAAGAGACAACGUUUAUCAUUGAAGAUUCUGAAGUUUCCAAAGAAACGGAACCACCGGUUUUAUACCCAACAUACCAGGACAGUAUUGAAGCCACGCAUAAAACAUCACCCCAGGAAGCUGAAAUCUCUGAAAUUGGAAUUUCAUCUCCAUUGGUGGGUUCAGAUGACGUUCUCUGCCACCUGCUGUCCCAUGAGCAGGAAGAAGUGUUUGCAUCCAACAAAGACGUGUCUUCCACCGAGGACUCUCUUACAGACUCAUGCUGCUCUCGAAAUGAAACUGUGGGUCCGGAAAAAGAGGAUGCACUGAAAUCACUUCCAUUAGAUGGAUCGGAUAUACAUCUAGCACUGUGUAAAGCAAAGCCAGACUCUCCUGAUGUAAGUGUUUCCCUCAGAGACUCAAGAGGUCAAAGAAAGAACAAGUUAGCCAACCAGGUAAACAGCAGGACCACAACGGGAGGUGAGGAUGGAGUGAAAUCCUAUACACCAAAGCCGAAGGUUGUAUCUGAGACGUGUUCUGUAACAAAGGAUAGUGGUUCGUGCACUUUGAAGGAGACAGUUGAAAGCCACCACAAGCUCUCCAAAAAAGAACCCAUUGUGUGCCUUUCAAAGCAAAAUGAUGUGGAAUCCAUUAAGUCAGCUGACAGAGCUUCAGCGACACUACCCUCCAAGCUGCACCCCAAGAAGCGUAAAGAGCACAAGGCAUCAGCUCACAAAGGGUGCUCAGCUUCCCGGGAGAACAUGGCUGGAGAGGUAAAGAAAAAAAAGAUCAAUUUAGUGGGGAGUGGGAAGAAUGAGGCAUCUGGUAGCGUGAAGAAAACAGAAUGGAUGAGCCCACAGUCAGAAAGCAAAGAGGAGGCACCUUGUGGCCGGCUGUCCCACAAGCCUCACACGGGGGGGAUCAGCGGACAAAUGAAAAAAAACCUGUUUGACUCACACAACCAGAAGAAAGUCAGCGCUCGACCCAGUAACGGAGAAUACAAGUGCAAAAAGGUGUUCCAGACUAAAACCCUACAGCCAUUCACGCCUAAAAGCUCUGCCCUUUCUCUGAACAGCUCUUCGCAAAAGCGCAAACUGGGACAAAGCACGAGAGUCACUGAGCCGUCGAGUUACAGGACCGCCGAAUCACAGAACAAUUUGCUAAGUCAGCUUUUUGGGCAAAGACUGACAAGCUUUAAAAUCCCUCUAAGGAGGGAUGUUACAGAAUGAUACCGGACCAUUUCACUUCUUCCCUGUGACGGAAGCAAGGAACGCAAUAGAAGAAGAAAGAAAA